AUGACAGUUGAGCGUGGCGAGGAGGGCAGGCCCACAUUGCAUAUCCAGACCUGCAACAAGAUUCUCGCUGCAAAAUCUCAUUUUCCCACCAAACCGGAUCCCUCUGUCCUGUAUGCCAGCUUACUGUUGUGUGAGAAGCCCAACAUGUUGCGAGGCAUGAUCAUGACCAUUGCCAACGACGUCGCCGCAUCAGUCAUUUAUGCUGAAAGCGACGACCUUUCCCACUUUCUUGUUCAGGAGGCCGAGAAGAUGCCUCAUGCGCCUCAUAUCUCUGCGAGUAGCAUGAUGAUGGAUAGCAUUAUGCGUCAAUCACGUUCUGGCUGA